GCAGAUGGUGACAUGCUGUCUGCCAGAUUUGAAAUGUCAAAGACGAGAGAGCAUCGCUUUAAGAUGAUAUUUGUCGCUUUUGUGGUCUGAUGCUACGUGAGUAGUUGCUCGGUCUCUCCCGUCAGUAAGACUGAAAUUCAUGGAAUACCUUCCGCAUUCCAGUCCAGUUUCCGGAGAGCAACCCGCAGCAGCACGUGAAUAGGGUUCGAAUACCCUUCCCGUACAGAUAUCACCGCGGGCAUUGGAGUCGUCUCUGAGAAUUGUUGAAGGCGUAUCGGCAAAACUGAGCUCCCAGCAUGGCCAGUCCGGUGAGGUUCAGGAUCUGACUUCAGCGCUGACAGUGCAGGAGGGGGCUACCAGCGGACCAUUCGUCCCAUCGUCAUCACUGCAAUCCCACUAGUGCUGCAGUCGAACGCUUCAUCGACCGGUCACUGGCGUUCCUGUUUCUCCAAUCCCUGUGCAGUGAUGAGUGCAACCUUGCAACUGGCCGCUCUGGGCCGUCCUUUCCAGUUGGGAAUGUUGUACGACUGCCGCUCAGACACUCUGAUCCAAGGCGUCACAUUGUGGGAUUUACAGACGCUGCAUAAGAACCUUGAUCGUCGUGACGAGCCCAGCACCAAAUUUCACAUCAUUGCAUCAAACUCCAUGGAGAGCAAAUCCGCUGCCCUCAAUGUGUCAGGAUCACUGAAGGCGAGUUUCCUGGGUGGGUUAGUGAAGGUGAAAGGGUCGGCAAAAUUUCUCAGCGACACAAAGGCAUCAGAGCAACAAGCACGAGUUACCCUUCAGUACAAAGCAACAACCAGGUUUGACCAACUGGCGAUGAAUCACUUAGGGAAACAUAAUAUUACCUACCCGAGUGUGUUUGAUGAGGGCUCAGCCACCCAUGUCAUUACAGCAGUGCUGUAUGGGGCCCAGGCCUUCUUUGUGUUUCACCAAAUGGCUUCAUCAACAGAGAAGAUGCAGAAUAUGCAGGGUAACAUGGAGGCAAUUAUUAAACUUCUCCCUAAGAUUGCGCUGCAGGGAGAGGUCUCCGUAGAAAUGACAGAAGAACAAAAGUCACAUGCCGAGAAAUUUAGCUGCACAUUUUAUGGGGAUUUACCACUGAAGAACAAUCCCACCACCUUCAAAGACGCCAUCAAUAUCUACGCAACACUUCCAAACCUCCUGGGUCCAGAUGGAGAGCAUUCAGUGCCCAUCACAGUCUGGCUCUACCCUCUCAAUAAACUCGACUCUAAAGCUGCCCAGCUGGUGAGGGGGAUCAGUGUGGGACUGGUCAAUCGCUGUCAGUGUGCCCUGGAACAGCUCAAUGAGCUCGUGAUGAGGUGCAAAGACCUGAUGAAAGACAGUAUCGCAGUUCAGUUUUCUGAGAUCAGGCAAAUGUUACAGCAAUUCCGAGAGAUGUGUCUGGAGCACACACAGAUUUUCCAGGAAAACUUAGCGGCUGUUUUGCCGACCAUUAGGGGCGGCAGGGAGGAGGAAGGGUUACUAGCAAAUAUACUAAAUAACACGGAAAAGUCACCAUUCAAUGGCCAGUCACUGACCACGUGGCUGGAUGACGAGGAACGAGAGAUGAAGGCAGUGAGACGUUACCUCAGUUUAUUUCAAGAUGUACCUAUUGUGAAAUCAAAGGGCGAGUUGGAUGACAAAUUGAUGGAUCCCGCAACAGAUUAUGUUGUCUGCUUCACGUUUACAACAUUACAUCGGAGGGAUUUCUACCUGUCAGAAGCAAACAACUACCUCCGAUCGAUCACAGCUAAAAAAAUGCAGCUACCACCUUCUGUUGACGGAGCCUGUGCAACAGGACACAGCGAGCACUGGUUUAACUCACGGUCUGUCUCCCAGAAAAUGAAGGAGCAAUCCCAAUCAUUCCUCGAUUUUGCCACAGUUAAUAAAGCAGAUGAAAAAGUAAAAUUCCUUGUUAGUUCUGUGCAGAAUGACAGCAUCGUGGGAGCAUCCAUUUACCUGUAUGAGGGAGGGUUUGUGGAGAACGAGAGCUUUGUUCCUCCGUCACAGCCCGAGAUACCUACACUUAGUGGAACAACACAUGACAGUGUAACGCUGCAGUUACAGCCACCAAGAUGUGGUACCGGUGAGAUUGUGGGCUGCAAGGUAGAGUACCGAGGUAGCCAGCAGGAGGAAUGGACUAUUCUGGAUACACCUGAUCAAUGCCACUCCUUCACAAUACCUGGGUUACAGCCACACCAGGAGUAUCACUUCCGAUACAGAGCAGUGACCAAUGUAGGGGUCAGCAAGGCUAGUGAGAGCUACAGCGGCAUCACCCGACCAGCAAGUCCACCUGGUAAUCCAGUCCUCCAGGAUUGUUCACCCAGCCCAAUACUGCACUGGAAUGAACCAAAUCAGAUAGGAGUUGAUGUUAAAAUAUUUCGGUACAGAAUUGAAUACAGAGAAGAACCGUCAGUUAAAACAAACAUGGUGGGUAAGUUAUGGGAAGAGGUUAAGUCAUCCGACACACAAUGCCACUAUCGCUUAGUGGGAUUGAAACCCGAGACCAUCUACAGAGUCCGAGUGUCUGCUGACUGUGGAGGAGCGGGAUCUAGUGCCGAAAGCGAGGAGGCUUUAAUAGAAAUAGAAAAUCCCCAAAAUAGAAUAGCCCUGGAUCUUCUCGGAGAAACGCAAUUAAUAUCCAGAGGAAACCCUUCCAUUUACAAGCUAAACCUGCAGAAGGAGGUGGUUAAUGAUUCCAAACAGUUUGUUAAAUUCUCCUUCGGAAAAUACACAAACGCACACAAAAUGAAAACCUUUAUGGUUUUGGGAGCAACUGGGUCAGGAAAGACAACCCUCAUCAAUGGGAUGAUCAACUACAUCUUGGGCGUGGAAUGGGGAGACAACUUCAGAUACAAGUUAAUACAGGAAGAGACAGGAAAAUCCCAGGCUGAGAGUCAGACAUCCUCCAUCACUGCCUACCUGCUCCACCAUCAGGUAGGAUUUAACAUCGAUUACUCUCUGACGAUCAUUGACACGCCAGGAUUCGGGGACACCAUGGGCAUCUUCCGAGAUAAACAGAUCACUGAUGAUAUCCGCCAGUUCUUCACUUCCACACAGGGUAUUGAUCAGGUCAACGCUGUCUGUUUUGUUGUUCAGGCCGCCCUGGCUCGCCUGACUCACACACAAAAAUAUGUCUUUGAUUCGAUUCUUGCUAUUUUUGGCAAAGAUAUUGCCGAGAACAUUAGGAUCUUGGUCACAUUCGCAGAUGGAGAGCGACCCCCCAUUCUGAAUGCCUUGAAAGUAGCUGAUGUACCGUGUCCCAAAGACGAGUCAGGUAUGCCAAUGUACUUCAAGUUUAACAAUUCAGCCAUUUUUGCACAGCGUCCAAUAUCUGAAAACACGGGCAAUUUGGGGACAUCCGGUGACAGCAGGAGAGAGGAAGAUGAUAAUAAUAACUUUGCUGCAAUGAAUUGGAAUAUGGGAGAGAACAGUAUGAAGAAAUUCUUCACAGCUCUGAACACGAUGGAGGCAAAAAGCUUAUGUUUGACCAGGGAGGUUCUGAAGGAACGUAAGCAGUUGGAGGCUAUAGUGGAGGGAUUGCAGAUUCAGGUCCAAGCAGGACUGACAAAACUGGACGAACUCAGGAGGACGCAACAGGUUUUGGAUCAAAACCAGGCCAAUUUGGAUGCAAAUAAAGAUUUUGAGUAUGAAGUUAAUGUUGUUGUUAAAGAAAGGAAGUGGAUUCCUUACCUUUCAAACAACUGUGAGCAAUGUGACUUCACCUGCGACGCUCCUUGUUUAGUUGCUGUCGAGUCACUUGGGAAUUGGUGCACAUCGAUGGAUUCAUCGGGAAACUGCACAGUCUGCCCACUGAAAUGUGACUGGGCCGAUCACAAAAGACAAUUUAGCAGGGUUAUCUGCAAAACAAAAAAGGAAAUGAGAACAUACAGUGAGCUGAAAGAAAGGUAUGAGAAGGCCCAUGGAGUGAAGAUGACCCAACAGAAAGUCAAGGAGUCACUUGUGCGGGAGUAUGAUGCAGUUCACGACAAAGUGAUGGAGCUGAUUCAACAAUUAUCCAGGAGCCAUAAACGACUUAAUGAAAUAGCUCUGAGACCAAACCCAUUAUCCACCCCAGCCUACAUUGACCUCAUGAUUCUGGAUGAGAAAAAUUAUGCGAAUCCUGGCUACAUGGGUCGAAUUGAGGCAUUGACGACUGUAAAGAAUAUGGCUGAGUUACAGGAAAAAGUUGCGAAAAAUGAGAAGUUGUUACCAGAGCAGCCGAAGGAAGAUUCAAUACGAAUGGCAAGUGCUGCAACUAAACUAAUCUUUUCUAAUGUGUUGAACUGGUUCACUCUAUAAGUAGCUGACAAACAUUUCAGCCGUUCGUUAGUUGGGAAACAGCCGUUUCACUUAUCCAACGGAUCAAUCCCGUUCUCAGUCCCACUCUUUCUCCUCCCUCACCUGCCCACAUCCUUACACACCACAGCUUCCUUCCUCAAUAGCACCCCAACCUCACCCAGCUGGGUGCCACUCCCCUCGCUCCGCGGCAAUCACCACUUGAGGGUCAAAUGCACUGGCUUGUCAUCCCAGUCCCACGCCGUUGCUUCUGGACAGCACCAAAGAUCUAUUCAC